CCGUUCAAAAAUGUGUUUCUUAAAGUUUCUCUUUUAUUAUUUUUUUGUUUUUUUCUAGUAGCAACCUAAACUGCUUAAAUGAUGUAGUCAUUUGCAGAUGUUCAUUAACUUUUUACAGUGAAAGUGAUGGAAAAACAUGGAAGCUACAGCAGAACUGUACCAUUUCCUUGCCUACAUCAAGAUUGUCUGUGCACAUUUAACUAAAUUGAUGCACUUAACUUCCACUUGUCUAAGAUUCUUCUUGUUGAAGAAUGUAUUUUCCUCUAAACACUGUAUUGUUAACAUUGUGAACUUGAGUACAUUGCAGUGUUACCUGUUUUUUGUGAACAAAAAAAAUAAAAUUGUAUUGUUUAAUUUCUUAUUAAAUUAAUAGAUAAAAUCUCAUUUACGUAGUAUAAUUUAAAUAAGACAUUGCUUAAAUAUAACAUUAUUUCUACUUAAAAUAAUUUGUUUAACUUAAGUUAUUUUAUAAAACAUAUGCACAAAAACAUUAGUAAUGUGAACUAAUGAAUUUUAAAGACUACUAAGACUACUACUACUAAACUUGAUUUGUCUAUCGCAUUACUUAAGAUUCUAUGUUCAGACAACUUGUUUAGUUUUAUCCUGUGUAAAUACUAAAAUGGUUUAGUUCAACGAGUUUCCUCGCAAAUUUCUAGUAAUGUCAACUAAUUCGGUUUAAGAGUGUACUGUUUUCUCAUAUCGAUAAAAUUGAUAAACAUUUGAUGCAUUUUAAUCAUGAGAAACAGAGAUUAUACGUUCUAUUGAACUUAUACAAUAGUGAUGCAGUGUAUGUGUUCAGGCAACUCUACCAGAUGAUCUUGCGAACAUUUAUUGUUGAUACACAAUUGAUACAAAUUUCACAUAAAAAAGGUCAAUAUAUUUAUUCAAAUUUGGUAAAAAAUUUGUUUCUGACUAACAUUUCUUACAUAUGUUCCACAGAUUACACUCACCAUUCAAGUUCAUGCAAGAUGUGUACCCCAGCAAAGCUGCGAAUUGUUUUUGAAGAGAAUUCAAAAACAUGAAGACAUUCACAAAUUGAUUCUGCCCUCAGGCAUUCCCAGUACUCUUCAGGACCUAAAAUGUGUAAUCAAAGAAACAUUUAAUAUUCCAGACUGCUUUACUUUGAUGUAUGAAGACAUGGAUUUUGGGGGUCAGUUUUUUACCUUGAGCUCAGUCGAUGAUGUACAGGAUAAAUGUACUUUAAGAGUGGUGCAAACUGAACCCAUCACCCUGAAUACUCCAGAUCCAGCAGUUCCCAAGACACUGUUCUGCUAUCUUCGCCUGAGAGCUCCACACCAUGCCGUUCUCAAGGAUGGCCAGCAAAGUUUAAAAUACCAUCUUUUUCAUUUGAUACAGAGCUCUUGCUUUCAGAAGGAAACAAAGCCUACCAAAAGGAUGGCACCCUUUUGAACAACCCACGAGUAACAAGAAGUGUCCUUGAGACACUAGCAGAGACAAUAUUUCGUUUCACUGCCUACCCAACAGGUGUCCAGAUUAUGAACGUAGUGGAGAUGUUGAUUGAAAAGUACCCAUGUCUCAAAGAGCCAGGGUCCUUCAAUGGACAGUAUGGGUGGCAACAGAGGACUAAAUAUAAGAUGGGCAAUUAUCGUGCAAAAUUAAGAGGCAGUCAGCUUUCCUGCCCAGAGCUGGAGGUCAACUCUUUGAAAAGAAAGAAGACAAAUGAAAAGUCUUGCCUCAAAGGCACAAAACGACCCAGGAAGGCUGAAGUAAACUACUUGCCCCCAUUUCCAUUUGGGGAAACUGAGGAAACUCUAGAGAAGGAGAGAGUUGAUCUUCUUAAAGAAAUUCAGAAGAAAAACAACAAAAAGUUCAUUGGUGAGAAAAUGGAGAAGACUUUCUCCUAUCGAAGAUUAGAAAUCAUUAAUCACUGCCCUGCUGUCAAAGAUUUCAAGGAGAGAUGGCCAGCUCUUUUUUGUGAAUCUGAGAUUAAGAAUGAGUUCAGAAGGAUAACCACAGUUCCCCUGGAGCCAACCUUUCUGCAAACACUGGACCUCUACACUCCAAAGCUCCUGGAUUUGUUUAAAAUGAAGGGUGGGGAUGCAGGCAUAAAAAUAAGAAGUAUGCUAGAUUCUCUCUGCCAGCGAGUUGAAGAUGAGAGAUGCUGUGAUUCGGUGCCUGCUUUCCUACCUGGGAGAAUCAUCUGAGGAGCUCAUUGAAGCCUACCAGAUCCCUCAAAAUUCUACGAGAAGCUCUCACCUGCACGAAGUAACGUCAGGCCACAGUUGCUGAUGCUAAUCAGCCUGACCCUCCAACAACAACAACAACAGUGCCAGGCCUACAUGGGUUCAGUGCAGGGCCAGCUAUGGCUACGUCUUCAAAUACCCCCCUCCCACAAGAUGAUGGACUGUGGAUGUUUCUUCAGAGCCGAGGGAUUCCUGAGAAAAAUAUUCAGAAAAUGCAGCAAGAUCAUAUUGACAGCUCGGUAGUUGGAGAAAUAGAUGAUGCCACUAUGACUGCUUACAUUCCAGCAUAUGGUGAUAGGAUUGCUACAAGGCGUUUCUGUAUGGAAAAACAGAGAAAAGGUGGUGAUGAUCUAAAAAGACAGUCCUUAUUUGAAAAACUUAGAAGAAAGUUGGGCACAUUGACAAGCAAUAAAGACACAGAUCAAGAUUUUGAGGAGGAGCAUUCUAUGCAGCCAACAAAGAUACAUCUGAGAAAUAACAAAAGGGCCGUGAAGAUGACAAGGAAAAUAGAACUAGGAUGGAUACACGACAAGAAACAAGUGAGAAAACGCAAUGGUGGAGGAACCAGAGUUCUUGAUAUUUCCAAGAAAGCCACAAAAACAGAGAUUCUAUCACAAGCUAAAAAGCUAUUUUUCCCCAAUGAGAAAUCGAGAAAGGGAAAGUGGGAAGAGUUCAGUCACAACAUUGUUGACUUUCAGGAAGCAUACCUUGAUGAGGGUGUUAGUGUGGGAGAGCUCUAUGAGACACAUAAAUUGGGGAUUUUAAGAUUUUACUUGUUCACAGAGCACCUGACAAAUGAAGAUGAAGUGUUCACAGAGAUGACAGAAGGAACUGAUGAACAGACAGAUGCAGCGAGGCUAAAUGAGCAACAGAAAAACACAACAGAAGAUAAUGAGCAGCUGACACAAAAAACACAUGACAGUGAACAGCAGACACAUACUGUAGAAGAUGUUGUCUCUACUGCUGUAGAGAUUGUUGAUCUUACAUCUUUGUGUGAUACAUCGGAGGUCAUUUUUGGCCCUUUGCAAGGUGGACCAUUUUUAGAAGAUCUUGAUGACACAAUCUUACAUGAGCCUAUAGAAGAGGCACAGAUAAACAUCAACGCCUACAGCUCAACUCCUGUCCAUUCUGACACAGUGCCUGCUGGCCCAUUAAGUCCUACUUAUGAACCUUUGCAUGUGACAGUGAAACUCCACAGAGUCAAUCUCUUGGAGGAACUGAUUACCCAAUUCAAGGAUGAAGUGAUUAUGUCCUACUCUGUGAAAUACAGCUUCAUUCAUGAAAUGGGGGCAGAUGCUGAUGGCGUGUCCAGGGAUGUAUAUGCUGCCUUCUGGACAGAGUUUUUAGACUGUGCAGCAGAGGGUGCAGAUGUGAGAGUGCCAUCACUAUCCCCAAAAUGGCAAGAGGAAGAAUGGAAAUCCGUUGGUAGGAUAAUGGUCAAGGGAUUAAAGGAACAUGGAUAUUUUCCUUCUCGGCUGGCUCAAGCCUUUACAGCAGCAAUCAUAUUUGGUGAACACACUGUCUCACCUGAUUUAUUGUUUGACUCACUAAUGUUGUAUCUUAGUCAGUCUGAGCGUGAUCUCUUGUCCACUGCUUUGCAAGACGCCCUUGAUGGUGAUGAUAAAGAUGAGCUUCUUGAUCUUAUGGAUCGCAUGGGAGUAAGAACAGUACCAACACAAGAGAACUUGAAAGCUGUGCUUCUCCAAGUGGCCCACAAGCAAAUAAUCCAGCAACCAAAAUAUGCACUGGAUAACAUUGCAGCAGUCGCAGGACCAACUCUCAGGGAGUUCUUCCCCAGUGUGCUGGAUAUGCAGAAGAUGUAUGAGAAUCUUAAACCAUCAACCCGGAAGGUUUUAAAGUUGAUCACGGCCUCUCCAGCUACUCCAGCAGAGAACCAAAGUUUGCAAUUUUUACAUCAGUACAUCAGGGGAUUGGAUGAGAUAGGCCUCCGGAAGAUGUUGAGAUUCAUGACAGGGUCUGAUGUCAUCUGCGUUAAAGACAUUCAAGUCAUAUUCACCCCUUUGGAAGGGUUAUCUAGGCGGCCUAUUGCACAUACUUGUGGCCCAACAUUAGAGCUGCCAUCAACUUACAACAGCUAUCCUGACCUCCGAGCUGAAAUGGAGGCUAUACUGUCCAGCAACUUCUAUGCAAUGGACAUUGCAUAGAAGUGUCUCUCUCACUCACAUGUACACACUCUUCCCUCUUGCCCAGUUAUAGCCUUAUCAGUGCCAUCUGUUUACAGUACCUUUAGAUAGUGUGUGAAUGUAAGACAGAGCACAUAGGGGAAGUAAUUAACUCGGGUGGUGCAUAAUGAGCGCAGAGUAAUUUAUUUAUUUUGUUUUUCAGUUUAAGUUUUAUCCAAAAUGUCAUUACCAAACUUACUGUGGAAACAUGUUUACUGGCUGAUGAGCAUUUUGUUGAUGGACUCCGAAUAUAUCCAGCCCAUAGAAACAUUUACACAUGAUAAGAUUCAAUAAUCAGUUUGAUUUAUUGAUAAUGAUACUGGACCAUUUAAAUGCCAUUUAGGUUGCCCUGUUUGCAGUGGGCCCAAAGUGUGUCAAAUCACAUUUGGUCAUGCUGAAUAGUUCCACCAUGAGGACCAAUUUUGCCAUUUUGACAAUGGCAACAUGUUUUGCAACGUUUCAUAUGCAGUUGCUGUUAUUACCAGACUUAAACUGUCUGUAGAAACAUAUUGAGUGGCUGAACAUUUUGUUAGUAUACUUUAAGGUCCAUUUAACCAAAAAACAAUUAUAAGCCUUUUACACAAUGUAUGUUAUAAAUGCAUGUGGUUUUCAUUUUUAAGUGAUUUAGAUACAUGUACCAGUAUUUUUAUGUACUUUUAUGUAAGCCAUCAUUUCUGUUAGCAGUUUAGGAGCAUACUUUUUGGGACAAUUUAAAAGAAAUGUUCUUGUAAAGUUGCAUUUUAACUUGGACCCUGGGGUAAUGUCAGCUCAUGUUAAAUCUAAAUUUUGCCAGUGUUUGGAAAUCUGUUCUAACAUACAGCACUGUACAUUAGAAGGUGUUCUGCUUUUUACAAAUAAAAAGCACAGGUUUCUCUCGUUUUGUA